AUGGACCCCGGAACAGCCCUAGCUGUGGUAACGCUUUCUUUCGACCUCUUUGCCAGCUGCGUUAAAGGGUUUGCAUUGAUAACUGACGCUCGAAACAUCGGAAAGGACGCAGCCAUUGAACGAACGAAGCUCGUGCUUCAAGAAUAUCGACUCAUCGAGUGGGCUAGGGCAAUGGGCCUUGGGUCCCCCAAACACGAUGCAUCAACAAGGUCUAACCAGCACGCUGCUGCUGUCGUUCUUUCCCAGCUAGAGCAGCUUCUCUCCUCAGCAGAAGCUUUGAAAAAGCGCUACAAGUUGGAACUCGUGUCUAUGCAGGAUGAAGUGGAUGAGUUAGUCCCUGCUGAAACGACAGUCACCCCAGGCAACUCAACUUCGUCAAUCAUCUCGAAUAUUGUAUCAUUGGAGACUCGCCAGGCAAUUCUAGAUCGUUCGUCAAAAGUCAGCACGGCGAAUCGGUUCCCAAAGCGUCUCUGGUGGGCCGCCGUCGACAAGAAAAGGUAUGCAGAGCUGGUGAGAGAUGUUACUAGCCUUGUUGAUGGGCUUUGGUCACUCUUGGAUGUUUCUCACCGGCUCCAAACCUCUCGUGCCGUCAACCAGACCCUUCAACUUGUGAUCCAAACGAGCAAAGACAUUGAGGGUCUUCAGGAUCUCCAGAAAUCUCUCCACAACUCGGCCACAGAUGCUGACAUGAACAACACCCUCGCUGCUUCGGCAGGUCUGAAGGCACGACAUAUUUCUCUCACAUCUUGUGACAAGCAUGCACGGCACGUAGAGCCCACCGAUGAUGGGAACAGCCGUGUAGCACCAACACGUAAUCCGUUGGUUCUGGACCAUUCCGAACUGACUGGGAUUGACAUGCUGUCAUCUACCAUCGGAUCGGCUCUAUACCAGGAAGCCAUAGUGCUGAUAGAAGAGAAGCGCGUACAGUCGAACAUGAAAAUGAAGCUAAAACCACGUGUCGAAGCUCUUGUACUUCUACUCUCUCAACCUCCUACGUCAUCCUUUCAGACAUUCCCAUGCCUGGGAUACACUGAAGAGCAAGGGGGCUUCCGGUUGGUGUUUCAAUUUCCUUCCAGCAUUGAGAAGCCCCGUUCCCUUCUCAGCGCAUUAUCAAGAUCCAACGGGCCAUUGCCAGAUGCUGGCACACGUCUUGGUUUAGCUGUACAGGUUUGCCAGGCACUCCUCAGCUUCCACACCGCCGGCUGGCUCCAUAAAGACGUCCGGUCUGAGAACAUUCUACUCGUCUCUCCACGGUCCACUCAGUCGACUGACCAUCUAGGUCGACCAUAUCUCUGUGGCUUCUCCUUUGCACGACAAGGUUCGCCGACUGAAAUCAGCGAACAACCGUCUACCAACCCCUUAAGGGACAUCUAUCGGCAUGCCAAAGCUCUAGGAGAACCUUGUGAGAGCUUCGAGCGCUACAUGGACGCAUACUCUCUCGGCUGUAUUCUGAUUGAGAUCGCAGAAUGGACGCCCCUUCGAAAGAUAGUAAAGAAGCGCAUCGACACUAGUGGUAGCAUCGACGUGAAAUUAAGUGAUAUUGCAGUUUUAUCACAGUGGAUGCAUAGGCGAUAUAUUACUGAGGGAGUUGCAGCAUUUCGACUUGGGACUGCGUUCAUGAAGAUGCUUUCUCUGUGCAUUCCAGCCGGAGAUGAAAAGCCAGAUUUGGCCGAUUUCUAUUCUGCGCUUGAAGGCAUGACCGCCUGUAACAUUUGA